AGAGCCAGCGGCGGGGGCGGGAGCCCGGCGGGCUCAGCGCUGAGUGGAGAGAGAAAGAGAGAGAGAGCGGCUGGGCCAAGCCGCCGCUCGGCGCGUUCUCGGAGCCGCCAGUCCGCGCGUCCCCGCAGCCUUCCGGGAGGAAGCGGCGCCGCGGCCGGGUGCAGCCUCACCUGCCGGCCCUUCCCCGCCGGGCGGCGCAGAAGGACAGAGGGUCGCGGCCCCGAGACAUACUUCAUUCGGUCGCAGCGUCUAGGACCCCGCGCGGGGUGCCGGCUCCAUGGCGACCGGGCUCGGGGAACCCGUCUACGGACUUUCGGAAGAGGAGGGGGAAUCCCGUAUUCUCAGAGUAAAAGUUGUUUCUGGAAUUGACCUUGCCAAAAAGGACAUAUUUGGAGCCAGUGACCCAUAUGUGAAGCUGUCAUUGUAUGUAGCGGAUGAAAAUAGAGAACUUGCUUUGGUUCAAACAAAGACAAUUAAAAAGACGCUGAACCCGAAGUGGAAUGAAGAGUUUUAUUUUAGAGUAAAUCCAUCUAAUCAUAGGCUCCUGUUUGAAGUAUUUGAUGAGAACAGAUUGACACGAGACGACUUCCUGGGUCAAGUGGACGUGCCUCUUAGUCACCUUCCGACAGAAGAUCCAACCAUGGAGAGACCCUAUACAUUUAAGGACUUUCUCCUGCGACCAAGAAGCCAUAAAUCGCGAGUCAAGGGUUUUUUGCGGUUGAAAAUGGCGUACAUGCCGAAAAACGGAGGUCAGGAUGAAGAAAACAGCGAGCAGAGGGACGACAUGGAGCACGGAUGGGAGGUUGUUGACUCCAACGACCCAGCUUCCCAGCACCAGGAGGAGCUCCCUCCUCCUCCCCUGCCACCGGGAUGGGAAGAGAAAGUGGACAACUUAGGCCGCACUUACUAUGUCAACCACAACAAUAGGAGUACCCAGUGGCACCGGCCCAGCUUGAUGGAUGUGUCCUCCGAGUCAGACAAUAACAUCAGGCAGAUCAACCAGGAGGCCGCACACCGGCGUUUCCGCUCGCGGAGGCACAUCAGUGAAGACUUGGAGCCUGAGGCCUCGGAAGGCGGUGGAGAGGGCCCUGAGCCUUGGGAGACCAUUUCAGAAGAAGUGAACAUGGCAGGAGACUCUCUUAGCCUGGCUCUGCCCCCACCUCCUGCCUCCCCAGUGUCUCGGACCAGCCCCCAAGAGCUGUCGGAGGAACUGAGCAGAAGGUUACAGAUCGCUCCAGACACCAAUGGGGAACAGUUCAGUUCUCUGAUCCAGAGAGAGCCCUCGUCGAGGCUUCGGUCCUGCAGUGUUACCGACACGGUUGCUGAGCAGGCUCACCUACCACCGCCAUCAGUGGCCUAUGUACAUACCACGCCGGGCCUCCCUUCAGGCUGGGAAGAAAGGAAAGAUGCUAAGGGACGUACAUACUAUGUCAAUCAUAACAAUCGAACCACAACUUGGACUCGACCAAUAAUGCAGCUUGCAGAAGAUGGUGCCUCCGGAUCAGCCACAAACAGUAACAACCACCUAGUCGAGCCUCAGAUCCGCCGGCCCCGUAGCCUCAGCUCGCCAACAGUAACUUUAUCUGCCCCACUGGAGGGUGCCAAGGACUCACCCAUACGCCGCGCUGUGAAAGAUACCCUUUCCAAUCCACAGUCCCCUCAGCCAUCACCUUACAACUCCCCCAAACCACAACACAAAGUCACACAGAGCUUCCUGCCACCAGGCUGGGAGAUGAGGAUAGCUCCAAACGGCCGACCCUUCUUCAUUGACCAUAACACAAAGACUACAACUUGGGAAGAUCCACGCCUGAAAUUUCCAGUACACAUGCGCUCAAAAGCAUCUUUAAACCCCAAUGACCUGGGCCCUCUUCCUCCUGGUUGGGAAGAAAGGAUCCACUUGGACGGCCGGACGUUUUACAUUGACCAUAACAGCAAAAUCACUCAGUGGGAAGAUCCGAGACUACAGAACCCAGCCAUCACCGGUCCGGCUGUUCCUUACUCCAGAGAAUUUAAGCAGAAGUAUGACUACUUUAGGAAGAAAUUAAAGAAACCUGCUGAUAUUCCAAACAGGUUUGAAAUGAAGCUCCACAGAAACAACAUAUUUGAAGAGUCCUAUCGGAGGAUCAUGUCUGUGAAAAGGCCUGAUGUCCUAAAGGCUAGACUGUGGAUUGAAUUCGAAUCAGAGAAAGGACUGGACUAUGGAGGUGUCGCCAGGGAAUGGUUCUUCUUGCUGUCCAAAGAAAUGUUCAACCCCUACUAUGGCCUCUUUGAGUACUCUGCCACGGACAACUACACACUUCAGAUCAAUCCCAACUCAGGCCUCUGUAAUGAAGAUCAUCUGUCCUAUUUCACUUUCAUUGGAAGAGUUGCUGGCUUGGCAGUGUUUCAUGGAAAACUCUUAGACGGGUUCUUCAUUCGACCGUUCUACAAGAUGAUGUUGGGGAAACAGAUAACUCUGAACGACAUGGAGUCUGUGGACAGCGAGUAUUACAACUCCCUGAAGUGGAUCUUAGAAAACGACCCCACAGAACUUGACCUCAUGUUCUGCAUAGAUGAAGAGAAUUUCGGGCAGACCUAUCAAGUGGAUCUGAAGCCCAAUGGGUCAGAAAUAAUGGUGACGAAUGAAAACAAAAGAGAAUAUAUUGACUUAGUUAUCCAGUGGAGAUUCGUGAACAGGGUCCAGAAACAAAUGAAUGCCUUCUUGGAGGGAUUUACAGAACUUCUUCCAAUCGAUUUGAUUAAAAUUUUUGAUGAAAAUGAGCUGGAGGUUUGUGUUAUCAAUAUGAUAUUUUAUAUAAAGUUGGUGAAGGACUUGGUCACACUAGAGCUGUAUAUCUUCUCCGCAGUCUGUAAAGGAGACGUGACCUUGUACUUGAAGUGGCUUGUGUUGGGCCAUCAGGAGGCCACCAGUUCUUCCUUGGGAAUAUCAUAUUCAUUGGAAACUCCUAUUGCUGUGCUCCUGAUGGAUGCUGAGAAGCGGAUCCGGCUACUACAGUUUGUCACAGGCACCUCCCGAGUACCCAUGAAUGGAUUUGCCGAACUUUAUGGUUCCAAUGGUCCUCAGCUGUUUACAAUAGAGCAAUGGGGCAGUCCUGAAAAACUACCCAGAGCUCACACAUGCUUUAAUCGCCUUGAUUUACCUCCAUACGAAACCUUUGAAGAUUUGCGGGAGAAACUUCUCAUGGCCGUGGAGAACGCCCAAGGCUUUGAAGGGGUGGAUUAAGGCCUCCUGCGUCAGGGGCACUGCCCUUCCAGCAAGUUCUGCGUGCACUUUUGCAUUUGCCUAGCAGACUUUUGCAGAGCCGGUGGCAGAAGCAGUUGCCUGACCUGGCUCUGGAGCCCAGCUUGUCCGGGCCAUGCCCACGUUCCGCCAGGGAACCCAGUCCCUGCUCGAGUGCCGCCCCUUCACCACCAAUUCUCAACUGGUUAGCGUGUACUCUGAUUACAUUUCAGGAGGACUUGUUCUAUUUAUGUUGUGCCUCUGCAGGCAAAGCCCUUAAUAAAUAUUUUGCAUACUUUCUAAUGACAAUGAAUGGAAUUAAUCACACUACAGGUAUAGUAUUACAACUCAUGUUUACUUUUUAAAAAUGAUUUAGACUGAUUUUCAGAUUUUAUUUCAUUACAAUUAAAGAUGUCUCAUGUACUUGGAAAAGUGAGCAUAUUUUUUUGUAUUUGAAUUUCAUAUCAAGCUUAAUGUCGGUGACAUUUUUAUUUUUGAAGAACUUUGACACUUCCCACCCUCUACUUUAUUAGAAUUGGAAGACUAAUUUUUCUCCAAAAGCAUUCUACAGACCAACACGUGGAAAGAAUUUCAAAUAGAGCAUUAAGAAUAACAAUUUUUUUCCAUGCUUAGAAUGAAAAUAAACUGGAUAUUACCCUCUCUUUUGUACAAACUUAGAUACUAGGUACAGGCUGGAAGGACUGUAACAUAGCAUGAUAUUUUUGUGUUAACUUGAAAGGAAUGACACCAUUGUCCCUUAGAAGUAUUGACAUGUGCCAUCUCACACUCAAGACAGGGUUGGACUGUCAUUUUGCAUCAGAAACCCUUAACCUCUCCUGUUGCCGAACAGCCUCUUCUUAACGCUAUUUUCUCCUUGGUGUUUGGAGAGACAUUUCCAAUGGCAUUGCUCAAUUCAAAACUGAGGAAGCCAGUCAGUGGUCUUCUGUCUCCGUUGGCUAAAACAGUAGCUAAUAACCCAUUCUUGCUGUAAGUGCGGCAAUUCCAAUUCCAAAGGCACUUUAUGCGGGUCAUAUCUGUUUGCUCUUUUUUUUUUCAUUUUUUUCCUCAUAAUCAUUACAUGUGAUUGUUUCUUCCUCCCUGCACACAUCUGGCUGGUACAGUAUCUAUCAAUUGUGAAUUAACUGCUCGUGAACCCAGAUACAGUGCUGAGCCUCUCCACACCGAUCUCAACUGCUUUGUACUUUCUACUCAACAGCAAGGAUUUUGCCUACUCCACCCUUAGCCAAGUCGUGUGACAUAAUGACCUAUUUUGCAUGCUGCGAUACUGCGUACUGCCCCCCUCCCCACCCGGGUCACGUGUAUUGUGUGCUAGUUUAAACGUGAGCUACAAGACCCAGUGGGGUCUACUGAGCUCGAGCGGCCUGGUUGGCAAUGGUGGAGAAACGUGGGUGUCUGCAGUGUGUAAGUCUCUGUUGCAGAAUUCUGUUGCAUUCUGAGAAGAUGCCUGAGGUAGCAUGGGAGUUGAGCACCUCUGCUGUCCCUUGAACUUGUGUUGUCCUAGACCCUGUCCCGGAAGCGAGGGGAUACGGGGUAUUUUGAUCUCUUGCCACUUGUGAAUGUUGACAAAAAGACUGUGGUCUCUGCUAUGUAAGAAGAACCUUCGGUGUAAGAAACUGCUCGUGUUUACACAGCCCUGGGUGCCAUGAAGAAGCCACAGACAUUCUUGGUGGGUGAAGCCCCGGAGCGGAGCGUCCUGCCAAACUGAGCUUCGGCUUUUUCCGACGUGCUAUGGAGUAAUUACAGAACAAUUAACACUCUAUUCUUGGUUUUUGGUGAGAUAUCUCCUGUAGUUACCAGAUAUUGGGGGCGGGGUCUGUUGUUGUUAUUGUUGUUGUUGUUGUUGUUAUACAACCUUCCACGUCCAGAACUGUCUCUCUGUUACAAAGAGUGCCAAAGCCCGAGCUGAGCUGUGUAUUUUGAUUGAAGAAGAAACCAAAAUCUGCUCUAAGAACUGGGGUUCUAGAAUUCUGUAGGCUCUAGAUCAAGCCACGUCAUUCACCAGAUACAACAUAGUUAUUCUGCAUUUUAAAUAAACGCCAAAAGGGCUGUCAAGAUGGCUCAGUGCGUCAGGGUGUUUGUCACCAAGGCUGACAGCCAGAGUUCAGUCCCUGAGCCCCACCUGAUGGGAGGAGAGAAGUGACUCCUGCAAGCUGUCCUUUGACCUAUUCCAUAUGUGAUUUCUUUUUUAAUUAAAAGUAUAGGGAGGGGGAGGGUCAUUACUAAGCCAAGAGCGGGAAAGACCUAUCGAAAUACACUCCUGAGAGUACUUGAAAGGCGGGCCAUCGUGAAUAAUGCCUCAGUUCAUUGGUCCAGGCUUCAGGUUUUAGCAGCUGUUACUGGGUAGUUAGAAAGUAAAAUUACCAUUCACUGUAAUACGGUUUGUGAGGUUUCACUUGUUGCCUGCGGCUCCCAAUGUCUUGUCUCCAGAUGGUGAUGCCCGUGCUGGGCCAUCUUUGUACGAUAGUUGUAAAUGGCCAUGGAGAGCAUGCUGUCCCUGAGGGCCAGGAGGCAGCUCAUUCUCCGGGCCUGACCUCUGCAGCCAGCUGCAGCAAACAGUAGUUGUGAUCGUUUAUCUUGAGGCUGCAGAGUGGGUUUGGACUCUUCCCUGUGGAAUGACUUUGAGCUUCCUGUGGCUGUCUUGUGUUUCCCUCCCUGCCCCUUUUAGUCCAAGGUAAGCCUGGAUUAGCCUACUGACUCCAGAGCCGGUGGCCAUAGGUAUUGGUCUAUUCUUGGUGUCCUCGGUGUUCUUUCUUGUCUCUCUAAAACACUGAUCUCUACCUUCUGUGACCGCUCCUCUAGCGGGUCACAAGAACCAGAGAUCUGUAUUUGUUUUUGUUUCCGGGGCUGAUGUAGCUUAGUAGCAGAGUGUUUGCCUAGCGUGUACCUAGCUGUAGAUUUGAUUGCCAUUGCUGGGGGGCGGGAAGGGGGUGGAUAAGAUAAAGAACUCUGUUUCCAAGGACCUGAAGCAGGAGACAGCAGAGAAUCCUGACGUUCAGAUUAAAAAUGUUAUCAAGUGACUUGACACGCAUCUUUUUUCCCCAUAAGGCUUAGGGGCAGACUUGUGGAAGUGGGCCGCAAAAUAAUUUAACGCUUCUGCAUCUCGCAUGACCUGUGGCUCUAGGUCUCGCCAGAUUCCAGUCUGUUCUGAGAGUCAGGCUCAUGUGCAGUAGCCUCUAAUGUGUUCUCUAUUUUCCUGAUAGUCUCUCAUCUCACCUCUGAAAUAUGAAAGUCUACAAAGAAAGUCUGGGCUCAACAGCUGACCAGCCCAUCCCUGCUGAACUAGCUCUUGUCUGUGGCUCUCAACUAUCUCAGUAAUGGAAGGGGGAUGCUAACCGUUGUCAUUUGCUUCCUGGCCAGUAGGGGUCUUGCCGUGCAGGGUCACUGCCUGCCCUGCUUCCCUGUCUGGCUCCCAGAAGACCACACGCUACCUCUGUCUCAUUCAUGUAUUGGGGUAUAUCCUAAGUCAUGUCAAAACUGCCAAUUUCAGGACUAGGAUAUGUUAAAAAAAAAACUUAUAAACUCCACUUUGUAUCUUAGAUUUUAAAAACCGGGUAGAAAUGUGAUAUACAUUGAACCACUUUUUUAAUUUCUAUAAGCCUUAAUGAAGAGUGUAUAUGCACCUGUGUAUGCACUCCAUCCCAGAGUGUGUCAGAGAAAAAGCUGUCGCAUUAGGACGUGAGCCUGUCUAGGGUUCUCUAGGAAAGGGGUAGCUUUCCGUUUGGUAUGAAAUCUUCUAAGAAAACUUCUCUCUCAAAAUCUCUCCUUCAUUUGAAAGGUUAACAUGCCAAGCGCGUGUCUGAAGCAGCCUGUCUCUUUCCUGGUUUCGUAUUUGUAAGGCGCAGCGGUGGGACUCUAAGGGUAUCUGCUGGUGUGUGACCUCUCAUGUCCUGCCUUCCCUCCACUGUGUCUCGGUGUAUUGAAAGCCUUUCCUGUGACCAUUGCCUGUGCUGACAAAUGUCUGUUCUUGUGUAAGCCGGUCUGCACCUCAUACUCAGACUGGUUUUUACCUAUGUUAUCGCGGUUUUUUUCAUGUCAAAUCUUGCGACUCUGUUCUUCCUUCUGCUACCCCAGAUGUAACAUGCAUACCUACAUGUGUAUGUUUGCUGUCCAGAUAUAUUUGUAUAUAUUUGUAUAGCAUUUUUACACCUUAGGAGCAAUCUGAAUGAAUGAGAGCUUAGUCCCGUCUACAGUUUUCUCCAUGUCCUGAGAAUUCUGACCCCCGGCGUCCCAGAGAACCCUAGGAAAGUAUUUGCUUGCUGUCAUUUCUAAAUUCGGGAUCUGUUACCAAAUGAAACAUUUUUUUUAAGUGACUUUGAAGGUGAAAAGAGUUUCAAGCAUUCCAAAUGAAUUCUCAAUGUUUCUUAACUUUUUAUUCUAACCCCACCCCCUAACAAAGCUGAGUGCUAUUUGAUACAAUGGUCAAACCCAAACUACCUUGAUCUUUUUUCUAAGACAGCCUAGUGACUGAUGCUCGCCUUCCCAGUCCGGAAGAACUUUAACCUAGCUUGAAUCUGGUACACACGCAAAGUUUCACGGUCAAGUCCUUCCCUUUCUUCUCGAGAGAGCUAAAGAGAUACUGUAGCUUGUUUUCCUGACAGCAAAUGAAAAACUGUGACAAAGUGAAGAAAGAUGUUGUAAAGCGGUGACGCCACUUGUCAAAUAUUUAAUAAAGAAUUAUGAAAGCUGGAA